AGAUCGGACGAAAUCGUAGUCAAUAAGACACUUCAUUCGACAUUGGAGGCUUGCAGCUUUUUUUUGCACAGAAGAUGUUUCGUGCUAUUCACAUUAACGCGUGCACACAAAUUCUUCAAGAAUUAGUAAUUUCAAAGGCAGUACAACAGAGAUCUUUAUCCGUGACUUGUGCUUGUCUCAGGAAAAGAAAUGAACAAAUAGAUGAAAAGGAACCUGAACGGGAUUCUAGAAAAGGAAUAGAUUACAAUGUUGCUGAUGCAGAAAUAAGUAAACAAUACCUGCAGAGUAAAGCAUACAGAGACACAUAUGGCGAUGAUCCUGUGUGGAAACACUACAGACGGAACUUUAGAGGUCACAUUGCUCCGGAAACAAGGAUAACUUGUGUGAGAAAAAAUGUAAUCAGUACAGGAAAUGCUUGUCCUGUCUGUAGAGAUCAGUUCCUGUGUGUAAGCUAUAAGAAUAGGGACCUUCUACAGCAGUUUUUGGACCCCAUGACAGGCGAGGUUCUGCCUAGUAAAGUCACAGGUGUAUGUCAGAAGCAACACCAACGCCUACAGUUUGAGGUUGCCAAGGCCCAGGAUUAUGGGUAUUUAGAAAAAUAUUUUCCUCUACGAAAAUACAACUAUUCCGAGUACUACAGAUUAGCAGGUUUGACAAAGGAAAUGCUUGAUGCGGAGACAGAAGAAAUGUCACAUUCAUGAGACCAGAUAUGAACAAGAUUCACACACCGGUUGAUUGUAAUCAGACAAAGGGAAAUUAAAUCAUUUAUAUUUAUCUA